UUCGCUUUUCUCUUAAGUAAUAAUUGAUUAUGCAAGCAGUGAGAAAGAUCCACAUACGCAAUAUUGUUGAGCUUGCGCUAGACGAUCUUACAAUCAAUGAGCUGUUGUAAACAGUUGUUUUCGAAGUGUCUACGAACAUGCAUCUCACUACACUAAAUGAGAAUGAUUACAGAACACGCAAUCUAAAGUGCAAGGAAGACAUCGCUUAUGUAACCAAACAUAGUAAGUGAAUUUUGAAAUCCAUCGGCAUUUGGCCAUCAGUUUUUAAGGGUAUGUCAAGAUUUUUAUCAAAAGUCGUGUUUGGAUUCAACAACUUUGUCCUAUUUUUCUCAUUCAUUCACUUUUUGUUUUAUUUCAAAUUUACCCAAAAUUUUCAACAACGUAGUACUACUCGACCAUUGAUAAAAUACUGGACACUCACAUAUCGUAAACCAAGAAUCAAGGAUUGCAUUGAACAAAUAUGGAUUGAUUGGGAACAGAUAGAAUUGCAUGAGGAUCGCAAAGCAAUGUUAAAAUAUGGGCAAAUAGGUCAAAAUUUGACAAUAAUUUGUGCCGUUUUUAUAUAUACUGGUAGUAUUUUUCACACGAUCUUACAUAUACAAUAUAAGAUCGGUACGUUUAUUGAUGAACAUAAUCGCACGAUCAAACCGAUAGUCUAUCCUACAUACAACGCCCUAUUCGACGUUCAAAGAAGCCCCAUUUACGAAUUAGUGUAUCUUCUUCAUUCCAUUUGUGGAUAUAUAAUGUAUUCAGUAACUGCCGGUUCUUGUGGAUUAACAGCACUUUUCGCAACACAUGCUUGUGGACAAAUUGAUAUCGUUAUAGCUCGAUUAAAUGAUCUUAUACAUGGCAAAUAUAUUAAAAAUACGUUUAAUUUGAACACACGAUUGAUAAAAAUUAUUAAACAUCAUUUGCGAAUAUUAAAAUUUUCAGAGUCUAUAGAAAUAGCACUGCAAGAAUUAUGUUUUCUGGAAUGUAUUGGUUCCACUUUUUUAAUAUAUUUACUUGAAUAUUAUUGUAUAACGGAUUGGGAAUUAAGUAAUGCUAUUAGUCUUACUACGUAUACAAUGUUAUUAAUAUCUUUAACAUUUAACAUUUUCAUAUUAUGCUAUAUUGGUGAACGUCUAAUGGAAAAGAGUAGUAGUAUUGGUUUAUCCUGUUUUAUGAUCGAUUGGUUCCAAUUACCGACAAAAACAAUUCAUGAUCUUAUUUUAAUUAUUGCUAUGUCAAAUAGUCCAAUUAAAAUUAGUGCUGGAAGUAUAGUGGAUUUAUCUUUAUAUACUUUUGGAGGCGUUUUCAAAACAUCACUAGCGUAUUUAAGUUUUCUUCGUACUAUCAUUAUGUAA